AGGAGGAGGGCGAGGAGGAGGAGGAGGAGGAGGAGGAGGAGGCAGGGAGCGAGCGAGUGCCCUGGGUGAAUCAAUGGAAACCCCCUCACGAAGCCAGGAAAACACUUCAGCCGCAGCCAAAUAGCAUUGAUUAUUUUCCUUCACUUCCCUCACCGCCGCGAAUUUAUUUAUUUAUUUCCAUCUCCGUCCCCGACGCCCCGGAGUGAGUGCUGGAGGGAGGGAAGAGGAAGGGAGGGAAAAAAGGAAUCAACACCUCGGAGAAGUCCCUUCCAAGAGCCGCCCCCUCCCCUCCCCGCCUGGCGCUGCUCUGCGGCCACGGUUCGACUCCCGUCCCUGCUUCCAGCUGAGGUGGUCCUGGCUGUUGUGCUGAGAUGAAUGCCCAGCACCCCUCCGUCCACCAUGGCCACCCGUAACUCAGCCUCUCCCACUGGCACGGCUCCCUCCCCCCCGCACAAUGCCCAGUCCCCACCUCCAGACCCCCCCUCCUUCGAGCCUGCCACCAAAGAUCCCCCUGCUGCACCCUCCCCCUCUGAGAGCAUGAGGCCCUCAGAGCUGGGUGGACAGCUCCUAGAGUCAGGCUAUAGCCUCAUCCCACCAAAGGAGACUGGGGAGCCCCAGGAAGAGCCUGGCAACAGUCACUUCCCAGGGGUGGACCAGGACCAGGGACAGGACCAGGGGCGGGAGCAGGAGGAAGGGCUCCCUCCCUUGGACCUAAGCAACCACUUGUUCUUCACAGCGGGUGGACACGCCUACCUGGUUGCCAAGCUGUCCCUGCCUGGUGGCAGUGACCCCCUGUUACCAAAGGGCUUUCCUUGGGGUGAGGCAGGCAUCGAACCAGAGCCCAGCCUGCCCCUCCUCCUCGCCCACCCACCCCCCGCCCCGCUCACCACCCUCCACAUCCAACAUGGCUUUGACCCCACCCAAGGCUUUAGCUCUUCUGACCAAAUUCUGUCCCAUGAUACCUCAGCGCCAUCUCUGGAUGCCUGUGAGGGGAGGGAGGAAGCCUUCUGGAGCUACCAGCUGGCUCCAAACCCACCCGGAGAUCCCAAAGACAGUCCCCCAGGGAGCUGCGGCCACGGUGGCCAAGACCACGGGGCACUCUUCUGGCUCUGUCUUCUGUGCCGCCUAGGGUUCAGCAGGCCCCAGGCCUUUUGGAGUCACACGCAGUCUCAUGGGGUGACGCUAACCUCCGCCCAACACCAGGGCCUGCUGGGCAAUCCAGCCAUGCUCUGGGAGGCGGACAAGGGCUGCACAGCCCUCUUAAGCUUUCUGGAACCAAAACCUCCCACUUGCGCCCCUCUGGAGACCCCCCUAGAUGAGAGUGGCAUGGUCAAUGCAGAGGCGAAUGUAGCCCAGGUCGAAGCUGUCUCCUCUGAGGCAGGAGUCCAAGCCCUUGUCCGCCCCAGCGAAGAAGUCACGGCCCGCAGCCCACCCUCCCCAGCCCCAAUCCCAGCCACCUGGGACCCCAGCCCAACCCAAGCCAAAGAAUCGCCAGAAACAGCAGCAGGCGAGGCAGGGCCAGAAUGGUUUCCCGAGGCACAAGAAGUGGAUGGAGGGUCCUGCCCCCCACUCAACCAAAGCUCACCCACCUCCAAGGAGGGGGGCCCUCUCCCCAUCCCAGUGGGCUCCCCUGAAGAUCCUGGUGGGGACCCACCUCAGCCCUACCGCCUGGCUGAUGACUACCCGCCAGCCCCUGCGGCCUUCCAGGGCCUCAGUCUGUCCAGCCACAUGUCCCUGCUACACUCACGCAACUCCUGCAAGACACUCAAGUGUCCCAAGUGCAACUGGCACUAUAAGUACCAGCAGACCCUGGACGUGCACAUGCGAGAGAAACACCCCGAAAGCAACAGCCACUGCAGCUACUGCAGCGCCGGGGGAGCUCAUCCGCGCCUCGCCCGCGGGGAGAGCUACAACUGUGGCUACAAGCCCUACCGCUGCGAUGUCUGCAAUUACUCCACCACCACCAAGGGCAACCUCAGCAUCCACAUGCAAUCUGACAAGCACCUAGCCAACCUGCAGGGCUUCCAGGCGGGGCCUGGUGGUGGCGGUGGCAGUGGUGGUGGGGGUGGCAGCAGUGGGCAGGGGAGUCCCCCAGAGGCCUCCCUGCCACCCUCCGCUGGGGACAAAGAGCCCAAGACCAAAUCAUCCUGGCAGUGCAAGGUGUGCAGCUAUGAGACCAACAUCUCCCGCAACCUGCGCAUCCACAUGACCUCCGAGAAGCACAUGCAGAACGUCCUGCUGCUGCACCAGGGCCUGCCCCUGGGCCUGCCUCCCGGGCUGGUGGGGCCAGGUCCACCUGCCCCACCAGGGGCUGCCCCUGCCAACCCACCUGAACUCUUCCAGUACUUUGGGCCCCAAGCUCUGGGGCAGCCUCAGACUCCCCUGCCUAGCCCUGGGAUGAGGCCCGACAAGCCCCUGGAAGCCCAGCUGCUGCUCAAUGGCUUUCACCACCUGGGAGCGUCUGCCCGCAGGUUCCCCACACCUGCCCCUGGCAGUCUCUCCCCUGAUGCCCAUCUGCCUCCGAGCCAGCUGCUGAAUGCCUCGUCUGAUGGCCUGCCUGCCUCACCACCCCCGGAUGAGAGCCCGUCCCUAAAGGUAUUCCGCUGUCUGGUGUGCCAGGCCUUCAGUACCGACAGCCUGGAGCUCCUGCUCUAUCACUGCAGCGUUGGCCGCAGCCUCCCAGAAGCUGAGUGGAAGGAGGUGGCUGGCGACAUGCACCGCUGCAAGCUGUGCUGCUACGGCACCCAGCUCAAGGCCAACUUCCAGCUGCACCUCAAGACGGACAAACACGCUCAGAAGUACCAGCUUGCAGCCCACCUGCGGGAGGGUGGGGGGACUGUGGGCACCCCAUCCCCAGGACCCCUCGGAGAAGUGGCUCCUUAUGGCUCCAUCUCCCUGCUGCACCUGCGCUGCAACAUCUGUGACUUUGAGUCCAACAGCAAGGAGAAGAUGCAGCUACAUGUCCGGGGCUCCGCCCAUGAGGAAAACAGCCAUAUCUAUAAGUUCCUGCUGGAGAUGGAGGGAGCAGAGGCAGGGACCGAGCUGGGGCUGUACCGCUGUCUCCUGUGUGCUUGGGAGACACCCUCCCGCUUGGCUGUGCUGCAACACCUUCGCACACCUACACACCGUGACGCCCAGGCUCAGAGGCGGCUGCAGCUGCUGCAGAACAGCCCAACUGCUGAGGAAGGGCUGUCUGCCCUACAGAGCAUCCUGAGCUUCAGCCACGGGCAGCUGCGGACUCCCGGGAAAGUUUCUGGCGUCCCUUCAGCUGAGCUACCCACCCCUGAGAAAGAUGCCCAGAACAAAACGGAACAACCAGCUUUUGAAGAGGCAGAGAACAAGACUGGCCCUUCCACCAGAGAUGGCGCCAAUCAGACCACGGUAUACUGCUGUCCGUACUGCAGCUUCCUGAGCCCAGAGUCUGAGCAGGUAAAAGCUCACACACUCUCCCAGCAUGCAGUGCAACCCAAAUACAGGUGUCCGCUGUGCCAGGAACAGCUGGUGGGCCGGCCCGCCCUGCACUUCCACCUGAGCCACCUGCACAAUGUGGUACCUGAAUGCGUGGAGAAGCUGCUACUGGUGGCCACGACUGUUGAGAUGACUUUUGCAACCAAAGUGCUGCCUGGGCCCAUGCUGAGCCCCCUGGAGGAUGGCCCUGAACUUCCUCCCCUGGGACCGGAGCACACAGUCAGCAGAGACCAGAUGGCAGAAGGCCCCAACCUGCCCCCAGAAGCCAGUCCAGACCCUCCUCCUGAACCUACCCUGGCUCCAGCUGAGGCCCCCGACCAGCCCUCAGGGAGCCCCAAGCAAGCUCCUUCCCCAGCCCCAUCUCCAGGCCCCCGGCCUGACACGCAGGUGGAAGAACCAGCUCCUCUUCCCACCACGGCAGAGGAGGAUGAGGGGAGCAUGGGGGAGCCCCGCUCUGCCGAGCCAGUGCCAGCUGACCCCCGCCACCCUCUGACCUACCGGAAGACCACCAACUUUGCUCUGGAUAAGUUUCUGGACCCUGCACGGCCCUAUAAGUGCACUGUGUGUAAGGAGUCCUUCACGCAGAAGAACAUCCUCUUGGUCCACUAUAACUCCGUCUCCCAUCUUCAUAAGAUGAAGAAGGCUGCCAUCGACCCCUCAGCCCCAGCCCGGGGGGACACGGGUGCCCCGCCCACGGCCACUGCUGCCACUGACAAGCCCUUUAAGUGCACCGUGUGCAGAGUCUCCUACAACCAGAGCUCCACCCUAGAGAUCCACAUGCGGUCCGUUUUGCAUCAGACCCGCUCUCGGGGUGCCAAGGCUGACACCAAGGCCGAGGGGCCAGAGCGCAGCCAAGAAGAGCCCAAGGAAGGCGAGGGUGAAGGGGAAGUGGGUGCCGAGAAGAAGGGCCCAGAUCCUGGUGGCUUUGUGUCUGGGUUGCCCUUCCUGUCCCCACCACCCCCUCCCCUGGACCUGCACCGAUUCCCAGCGCCCCUCUUCACCCCACCAGUUCUGCCUCCUUUCCCUCUGGUACCUGACUCACUGCUUAAGCUGCAGCAGCAGCAGCUGCUCUUGCCCUUCUACCUCCAUGACCUCAAGGUAGGGCCCAAGCUGGCUCUGGCCGGGCCUGCACCCAUGUUGUCCCUGCCAGCUACUGGCACUGCCACCACUGCCACCACCGCCACCACCACAGCUGCCCCUCCUGCCCUGCCCCCAACCCCCAAGGCUGAGUCCACAGAGCAGGAAUGGGAGCGGCCCCCAAUGGCUGAAGAGGGGCCCGACGCAGGGCCCUCCUCACCUACCCACCCAUUGCCCAACGAAGCUGCCCGCACGGCAGCCAAAGCCCUUUUGGAGAACUUUGGCUUUGAGCUGGUGAUCCAGUACAACGAAGGCAAGCAGGGUAUGCCGCUGCCCCCAAUACCCCCUCCACCGGAGGCCCCAGGCGGUGGAGACAAGCUGGCCUGCGGGGCCUGCGGGAAGCUCUUCUCCAACAUGCUUAUCCUCAAGACCCAUGAGGAGCACGUCCACCGCCGCUUCCUGCCCUUUGAGGCCCUGAAUCGAUAUGCUGCCCAGUUCCGCAAGAGCUACGACAGCCUCUACCCGCCCCCAGCGGAGGCUCCCAAGCCCACUGCUGUGGCCACAGCUGCCACCACCAACACUGCCGGGCCUCUGGAGCCACCUGCUCCACAAUUGGGCCCACCCUUCCUGGUCCCAGAGCCGGAGGCAGGGGUGCCACGAAGUCUUGAAGAGAGGAGCCGGGCAGGAGGACACUGGCCCCCGGAUGAGGAAGAAAGUUCCAGAGGUCCCCUCCUUCCCCUGGUGCCUGCAGGCCGCCGCUUCUCCAGAACCAAGUUCACAGAGUUCCAGACCCAAGCCCUGCAGUCUUUCUUUGAGACCAGUGCCUACCCCAAGGAUGGAGAGGUGGAGCGCCUUGCCACUCUCUUGGGUCUGGCUAGCCGCGUGGUGGUGGUAUGGUUCCAGAACGCCCGCCAGAAAGCACGGAAAAAUGCCUGUGAGGGGGGACCUGUGCCAGCUGUGCCAACCGGAGGAGGUGCUGGGGGGCCCUCCGGCUGCAGGCGCUGCCAUGCCACCUUCUCCUGCGUGUUUGACUUGGUGCGGCACCUCAAGAAGUGCUAUGAUGACCAGUCUCCGGAAGAGGAGGAAGAAGAGGCAGAGAGGGCAGACGAGGAGGAGGAGGCGGUGGAGGCUGCAGAGGAGGAAGUGGUGGAGGAAGAGCAGGGCCUUGAGCUCCCAGCAGGGCCUGAAGCUCCAUGUCCAGAAGCUCCAGAAGGGGAGGAGCGAAGCCAGGCAGAGGCAGGAGAGGCGACUGGCAAAGAGCCGGAAGGGAAAGCACCCUCGUCACCUUCCCUGGCCCACCCCUGUGACCAGUGCACCAUCUCCUUCCCCAGCCAAGACCUCCUGACCAGUCACCGCAGACUGCAUUUCCUGCCAUCUGUGCAGCCCAGCGCUGCCCCCCAGCUGCUGGAUUUGCCCUUACUGGUGUUUGGAGAGCGAAAUGCCCUGGUGGCAGGUACCCCGCCAGUGCCCGGGCCACCUCUCAAACGCAAGCAUGAGGAUGGCAGUUUGUCCCCAACAGGCAGUGAAGCGGGGGGUGGUGGAGAGGGUGAGCCCCCCCGGGACAAACGCCUACGUACCACCAUCCUGCCCGAACAGCUGGAGAUCCUGUACCGCUGGUACAUGCAGGACUCCAACCCCACGCGCAAGAUGCUUGACUGCAUCUCCGAAGAGGUGGGGCUGAAGAAGCGAGUGGUGCAGGUCUGGUUCCAGAACACCAGGGCCCGGGAGAGGAAAGGCCAGUUUAGAAGCACCCCUGGAGGAGUGUCCAGUCCAGCAGUCAAACCGCCCAUCAUACCCAGCCCAGCUCCUUUCCCCAAAUUCAACCUUUUACUGGGCAAGAUGGAUGAUGCAACUGGAAGAGAGGCCCCAAAAAGGGAAGCACCUGCUUUUCCCUACCCCACAGUCACGCCUGCCUCUGGGUCCCUGCCCUUCCCACCACUGGGGAAAGAGGCCAGCACCCCAACACCGGAGCCCCCUCUUCCUCUGCCACCUCUGCCUCCCCCUCCACCCAGCGAAGACGAGGGCCCAGAGGAGCCACCAAAGCCUUCUCCUGAGAGCGAAGCUUGCAGUCCAUCUGCAGGAGAUUUGAGCGAUUCAUCUGCUUCCAGCCUGGCUGAACCAGAAUCCCCUGGGCCCGGGGGGACCAGUGGGGGGCCAGGUGGCGGGACUGGGGUUCAGGACGGAAUGGGGCAGCGGCGCUACAGGACCCAGAUGAGCAGCCUGCAGCUGAAGAUCAUGAAGGCCUGCUAUGAGGCCUAUCGAACCCCCACCAUGCAGGAGUGUGAGGUGCUGGGGGAGGAGAUUGGGUUGCCCAAGAGGGUCAUCCAGGUCUGGUUCCAGAAUGCCCGUGCCAAGGAAAAGAAGGCCAAACUGCAGGGGGCGACCGUGGCAGGGGUUGCAGUCAGCAGCGAGGGCCCCCUGGCAGCCCAGCGCACCGACUGCCCCUACUGUGACGUCAAGUACGAUUUCUACGUCUCCUGCCGAGGUCAUCUCUUUUCCCGCCAGCACUUGGCCAAGCUCAAGGAGGCAGUCCGGGCCCAGCUCAAGAGCGAAAGCAAGUGCUACGACUUGGCCCCAGCACCCGAGGCACCUCCAGCUCCCAAGGCCCCACCUGCCACCACGCCCGCCUCCGUGCCCCUUGGGGCCACUCCAGCCGUGCCUCGCCUGGCCCCAGUCCUCUUGCCUGGCCCAACUUUGGCCCAGCCCCCACUGGGCAGCUUAGCUCCUUUCAAUUCAGGCCCUGCAGCCUCCUCAGGCCUCCUAGGCCUUGCCACUUCAGUCCUGCCUGCUCCCACAGUGGUCCAAACUGCUGGCCCAGGCCGUCUGUUUCCUCAGACACCUGGGCCUGACCAAACCAACACCUCCACAGCAGACACCACUGACCCUGUCCUGGGCCCACCCGGCGAGCCCUCUGGAGACAAGGUCUCUGGUGAACGAAAGCCAGCUGUGGCUCCUGCCAACCCCACCGACGCCCUCAAGAACCUCAAAGCAUUGAAGGCCACUGUCCCAGCGCUUCUGGGAGGCCAAUUCCUGCCCUUCCCGUUGCCCCCUGCAGGGGGUGCAGCUCCACCGACUGUCUUUGGCCCGCAGUUGCAGGGGGCCUACUUCCAGCAGCUGUAUGGCAUGAAGAAGGGGCUCUUUCCCAUGAACCCCGUGAUACCUCAGACCCUCAUUGGGCUGCUCCCUAAUGCCCUCCUGCAGCCACCUCCCCAGGCCCUGGAACCCACAGCCUCGGCACCUCCCAAGCCUCCUGAACUGCCCGCCCCCGGGGAGGGCGAGGCCGGUGAAGCUGAUGAGCUACUGAGCGGCAGCCCCGGCAUCUCCACGGUUGAUGUGACUCACCGCUACCUGUGCCGCCAGUGCAAGAUGGCAUUUGAUGGGGAGGUCCCCGCAACUGCCCACCAGCGGUCCUUCUGCUUCUUUGGGCGGGGCGGGAGCUCCAUGCCCCCCCCACUGCGGGUGCCCAUCUGUACCUACCACUGCCUGGCAUGUGAGGUGCUGCUGAGUGGGCGGGAAGCCCUGGCCUCCCACCUGCGCUCCUCGGCCCACAGGCGCAAGGCGGCCCCGACGCCCGGGGCACCCCCCACCACUGUCACCAACGCCACCACCGCUGCUGCCACAGCUGCUGUGGCUUUUGCCAAAGAGGAAGCAAGAUUACCUCACACGGACUCCAGCCCAAAAACUACUACUACCUCUACACUUCUAGCUUUAUAAACAGAUAAACCAAGAUGGGGGAGAGGAGUGGGCCUCAGGGCACCUUCUUGAGCCCUCAGGGGGUGGGGUUCUAUCCCUAGCUCCGCCCACCUUGUGGGAAUCUCCAUUCCCACCCUCAGUGGGCUAAACACACCCCACCUCCAGCAGCGUCCUGCCACCUCCCACCCAGACACACACACACACCCUCUCUUCUGCCAGUCCUUGCAGAUGGAGCCCUUAC